UCUAAUCAGAGAAAGAAAAAAAAAAAAAGAAAAAGAAAAAAUCAGAGCCACCGUACGAUUGAAUUUAAUUAGGGUUUCAGCUUUUUAUUAUUUCUCUUCUCUUUCAGAUCUGAUCGCAGAUCUCGAAUCGGCGACGUCCUUCUUCAGUUUUUCCCCCAUUUCUGGGUUAAGAAAUUGAACGGUUAUUGGAAUCACUUUUUUUUUUUCCGAAGAAAUUCACUUUCAUGUUCUUCUUGGAAGUUGGAUUUUCUCCUCCUUCGCUGAUAAACAGAUCUUAAAAAUUGGCUCCGCAAAGGCGAUCGCAGCGCCACAUGGGUGGCCAGAUGCAGCAAAGCAAUGCUGCAGCGACGGCGCUUUACGAUCACGCCGCCGGCGGAGGGUCCUUGCACAAUGCAGGUCCUGCCGGCGAUGCCGGUGAUGCCGUUAUGGCGCGGUGGUUGCAGUCUGCUGGAUUGCAACAUCUGGCCUCUCCCUUGGCUUCUACUGGCAUCGACCAACGCCUUCUUCCCAAUCUUCUCAUGCAGGGUUAUGGAGCACAAUCUGCAGAAGAGAAGCAGAGGCUAUUCAAAUUAAUGAGGAACCUCAAUUUUAAUGGGGAAUCUGGGUUGGAGCCAUACACACCAACUGCCCAAAGCUCAGGAGGGCCGGCUACAUCUGAUGGCUUCUAUUCUCCAGAGUUCAGGGGGGAUUUUGGAGCUGGGCUUUUGGAUCUUCAUGCUAUGGAUGAUACAGAGCUUCUGUCUGAGCAUGUUAUAUCUGAACCUUUUGAGCCAUCGCCAUUCAUGCCUGGUGCUAACAAAGCAUUCGAAAAUGAAUUUAAUGUGACAACUAGCCGGCAGCAAAAAGAGCAAAAUAAUGCAGAUGCCUCUGCUUCAUUAUUCUCUGUCAAUGAAAAAGAGAUCGGCACAAGGGAAAACAAUGUUGCUAAGAUUAAAGUUGUGGUACGGAAAAGACCAUUAAACAAGAAGGAGAUUUCUCGGAAGGAGGAUGAUAUAGUAAGCGUGAGUGAGAAUGCUUUGACUGUCCAUGAACCAAAGCUAAAGGUGGACUUGACAGCGUAUGUAGAGAAGCAUGAGUUCUGUUUUGAUGCUGUUCUGGAUGAGCAUGUUAGCAAUGAUGAGGUUUAUCGUGUUACAGUUGAGCCAAUUAUACCCACCAUUUUUCAACGAACAAAAGCCACAUGUUUUGCAUAUGGGCAGACAGGUAGUGGUAAGACGUUCACAAUGCAACCAUUACCUCUCAGAGCUGUACAAGACCUUGUUAGAUACUUGCAUCAGCCAGUUUAUCGUAAUCAGAGAUUUAAAUUGUGGCUUAGCUAUUUUGAGAUAUAUGGUGGAAAACUCUUUGACCUUCUGAGUGAUAGAAAGAAACUUUGUAUGCGAGAAGAUGGGAGACAACAAGUCUGCAUUGUUGGUCUGCAAGAAUUUGAGGUGUCAGACGUGCAAAUUGUGAAGGAAUACAUUGAGAGGGGAAAUGCUGCUAGAAGCACAGGAUCUACUGGUGCGAAUGAAGAAUCUUCAAGGUCACAUGCUAUUUUACAACUUGCCAUCAAGAAGCACCCUGAGAUAAAAGAGUCCAAGCGGAACAAUGAUGGGAAUGAGUCUAAAGGUGGGAAGGUUGUGGGAAAGAUUUCUUUUAUUGAUCUUGCUGGCAGUGAAAGAGGUGCAGACACCACUGACAAUGACCGGCAAACUAGGAUUGAGGGUGCAGAAAUUAAUAAGAGUCUUUUGGCUCUUAAGGAGUGCAUUCGUGCUCUGGACAAUGACCAGAUACAUAUACCAUUUCGUGGGAGCAAACUAACUGAAGUGCUCCGUGAUUCUUUUGUUGGCAACUCAAGGACAGUUAUGAUCUCGUGUAUUUCUCCAAAUGCAGGUUCAUGUGAACACACUCUCAAUACCCUGAGAUAUGCUGAUAGGGUCAAAAGUCUAUCUAAAAGUGGUAAUCCAAAAAAGGAACAGGCUGUAAAUUCUUUACCACCAAGUAAUAAGGAUGCUUCUUCAGCAUCUUCUCUGUCAGCUACUGCAGAUGUAGAAGAUGUUUAUGAGCGACAACAGGAAGUAAAAGUUGUUGAUACAGGUCGAAGGGUUAUAGAGAAAGAUGUUCAUACUGUUGACUCAACUUUUGCAUCAAGUUACCCUUUCAAUGGGAGGGAGGAAAGUGGAAUGGCUUCUGGCCCAAUGGAUAGGGAGCGAUUUGAAGUGAAUAAUUCUUAUGGUGGAUCCACAAGUCAAAGAGUUUACUCAUCAAAUUCUCAAAAUUCAGCUGAUACAGAAGAGAAGGUGCAGAAGGUGUCACCCCCUCGUAGAAAAGUGACUAGAGAAGAAAAAUCGGAGAAGAUGGGAAACUGGGUCAAGAAAGAUGGAGGGGGAUCUGAUUUGUCCACUACAAACUUUAGGCAGGCGAAUGCCAACACAAAUAAUGUUGGACAUAGACAAUAUGAUCCUGAGCCUCCCACUGAUGGGAAUAUCAAUGCAAUACUUGAGGAGGAAGAGGCUCUAAUUGCUGCUCACAGAAAAGAAAUUGAGGAUACGAUGGAGAUUGUUCGUGAAGAAAUGAAGCUAUUGGCAGAGGUGGACCAACCAGGCAGCCUCAUUGACAACUACGUGACCCAGUUGAGCUUUGUGCUUUCACGCAAGGCUGCUGGUCUGGUGAGUCUUCAAGCUCGCCUUGCCAGGUUCCAGCAUCGACUGAAAGAGCAGGAGAUACUGAGUCGGAAGAGAGUUCCUCGUUAAGGCAGCAAUUUGUGAAUUUGUUCUCCGCUUCCGUUACUCCAUCAGAUCCUGUUCUGUAAUUUCCUCUCAUGUAUAUCUUUAUGGCACUAUUUGUCACGGUGGUCACUUAUAUUAAAAAUAUUGCUAUGGACGGAUAAAUUUGUCCCUUAAACCGAAUCAACUCGGUUCUGGCAGUUGAUGCUUGGAGCUGUUUUUAAGGUCUUGAGAGGAAUUUCAUCAGCAUUCCACAGAUCUCGGUCUCUCCUUCUUGCAGAGGCAUCAAUGUUGCUGUUCACAUGCGUGUUUCCUUGCUCAUACAAGGAGGAUUGGGGUGCAUCUCUUAGGUGAGGGGGUGAAUUGUCAAAAAUGUAUUAUUUCUAGAUGAAUCUGAUGUGUUGUUGUUGAGAGAUUGAAAUGGGUUUGUGGCCUUUCUUCUGUUGCUGUUUAAAUGGUGACAGGCGAAUGUUGAUUUCUAGGCAAGGAGAUACUCGGAAAAUAGGGCUUCUUUUUUCUUCCCCUUUUCACAUUUGUUUAUUUGUACUCCCAAAUUAUAUCCUGCUCUCUCACCUCGAAAAGAAUCACCUUGUGCAUGUAAUAUUCUAGUUUAAGAAAUAUGAAUGUCUUUGAAUAUAUCAAACUUGCCAAUUUAUUGAAA